ACAGGGGGACACGGGGGACAGCGGGGUGCUGAUGGAGGCCGCCCCCCCCCCGCCCCGGCUGCAGCGGGGGCAGCUGCAGUGUAAGAACCUCCACGAGUUCCUGCGGGGGUUGAGCCCCCCCGUGCUCGAUCGCCUCUACGGGCACCCCGCAACCUGCCUGGCCGUCUUCCGGGAGCUGCCGGGGCUGGCGCAGGCGGGGGUGAUGCGGAUGCUGUUCCUGGAGCAGCCGGUGCCCCAGGCCGCCGUCGCCCUCUGGGUGAAGAAGGAGUACAGCAAGGAACAGGCGGAGAGCCAGGAGGUGCUGCUGGCGCUGCGGCUGUGGCACCCCCACACCCUGCCGGGGGGGCUGCCGGGGGUCACCCUGCACCCCAAUUUCCGUCAGAACCUGCGGGUCGCCCUGCUGGGGGGGGGCAAGGCUUGGUCGGACGACACGAGCCAGCUGGGGCCAGACAAGCAUGCCCGCGACGUGCCGGCGCUGGACAAGUACGCCGAGGAACGCUGGGAGGUGAUUCUCCACUUUAUGGUGGGGUCCCCCAGCGCGGCCGUGAGUCAGGAUCUGGCCCAGCUCCUCAUUCAAGCUGGGCUCAUGAAGAGCGAGGGGGGGGAAGCACCGUGCAUCACCUCGGCCGGAUUCCAGUUCCUCCUGCUCGACACCCCCGCCCAGCUCUGGUACUUCGUCCUCCAGUACCUGCGGGGGGCUGAGGCUCGGGGCAUGGAUCUGGUGGAGAUUCUCUCCUUCCUCUUCCAGCUCAGCUUCUCCACCCUCGGCAAGGAUUACUCGGUGGAGGGCAUGAGCGAGUCCCUGCUCACCUUCCUGCAGCACCUGCGCGAGUUCGGGCUCGUCUUCCAGAGAAAGCGCAAAUCCCGCCGCUUCUACCCCACCCGCCUGGCCAUCGCGCUGGCCUCGGGGACGUCGGGGACCCCCCCCGAGCCCGACGCUCACGGCUUCAUCCUCGUCGAGACCAACUACCGCAUCUACGCCUACACAGACUCGGAGCUGCAGAUCGCCCUCAUCGCCCUCUUCUCCGAGCUCCUCUAUCGCUUCCCCAACCUGGUGGUGGCCCAGGUGACAAGGGACAGCGUGCAGGCGGCCAUCGCCAACGGCAUCACCGCCGACCAGAUCAUCCACUUCCUCCGCACCCGGGCGCACCCCGUCAUGGCCAAGCAGAGCCCGGUGCUGCCCCCCACCAUCACCGACCAGAUCCGGCUGUGGGAGCUGGAGCGGGACCGGCUGCGCUUCUCCGAGGGGGUGCUGUACAACCAGUUCCUGUCGCAGGUGGAUUUCGAGGUGCUGCGGGACCACGCGCGGGCUUUGGGGGUGCUGGUGUUCGAGAACCCCGGGCGGCGGCUGAUGGUGGUGACCCCCGGCGGGCACCCCGACGUCAAACGCUUCUGGAAGAGGCAGAAACACAACGCCUAACGCCGGCGGCACUGGGAGGGACCCCAACCCGCACCCCCCUGCCCCCCAAAACCCCGGGCAAGUGCAUGAGGGCAGCCGGCUUUUGGGGUCC